AGAGAGAGGGAGAGAGGAGACGUCGCUCUUUUUUGUGCAUCCUCUGCUCUGCACACGCGUGCGUUGCAUGCUGUCUGCUCCCCGGAUUCUCCAUCAACUUUUUAUGCGGUUUUUGUACUGUUUUGUCUUUGGAAUGAACCGUUUUCCUGCCUGCGUCGUGUCCAUGCCAGCAUGGGAACCGCCGUGUCCAAAAGGAAGCAUUUAGGAAACGAUGCGAUAUCCUCCGUGGCAGCAAAAGUUAGAGCAGCGCGAGCAUUCGGAGAGUACCUGUCCCACACACACCCUGAAAACCGAAACGGAUCAGCUCAUCUUCUGUGUGAAACCGCGGUGGGUCCCGACCCCGAGUCGACGAGUGACACGAUAAGCCCGAACAACAACAACAACCGCCUCCAUCUCUGCUCCAACGCCACCAAGGGCCGCGAGGACAGACGGGAGCGCGUCCCGGUGAAGACCCCCCUGGGCUUACUCCAGCCUCCUCCCCCUUCCAUCACCAUCUCUACCAAAGCGUCUCGACUGUCCCUCGAGCGCAGCUUCUCGGCGGAGGAAGACCAGCAGAAGUGCGUCGAGUGCCCCCUGCAGCCUGCUCGCGUGUACACCAUCACCACCCAGCGCGGUAUGCUGAUGAGCAGCGGCCGGGGCAGCAAGGAGAGCCUGGAACUGGACGUCCUGAAGGAGAAGACGGGGAGUGGCGGGUCGGGAUCCAGAGGUGGCUUGAUCCAGCCCUCCACUUCCCCUUCCUCAACAUCCUCGUCGCCCACUCAGUACCACCACUCCGGCAGCGGCCGCGGCGCCAGCCACCAUCACAGGAACCACCACGACCACGGGAACCACCACCACCACGGCGUCCUGGGCACCAGCGGCGGAGCCAGCGGGAGCGGCAGCAGCGGCAACCUGCAGCUCCAGCAGCAGCAGCAGUCGCUAUCCGUGGCUGGAUCCCACUCCCAUCACGGGGCACACCACCACGGCCACCACCAUCACCUGUCUCAGCCGCCGCUGCAGACCUCCGUCAGCGCGCACAACAUCCGUGGCUGGGGCGAGGGCGGGAAAGGGGAGGCGGAGUGCGGCGGGCUGGCCUGCGAGUCGUGCGGCGGCAGCGGCGGCGCCCCCUCGCGAAGCCAAGGCUCCCUGGAUCUGGAGAGCGCGAACCGCGAGGCAGGCAAGCAGCACCGGCGCCUAGAGCGGAUGUGGAGUGUGGACCGGUUGACUGGGCUGGAGAGAGAAGACACCAACUGGUUCCCCAAAGAAAACAUGUUCAGCUUUCAAACUGCCACAACGACAAUGCAGGCGAUAUCGAACUUCCGGAAGCAUCUUCGGAUGGUGGGCAGCAGGAGGAUGAAAGCACAGACCUUCGCUGAGCGUAGGUCGAAGAGUUUCAGCCGUUCCUGGAGCGACCCCACACCGGUCAAGACUGACUCUCCUCACGAACCCAGAGACAGUGGAGACCUUCAAGCGUCUUGUGGUACCUUGGACGAAGGAGGCCUCGAUGACAAUGUAGACUGGGAGGAGGAGCGCGAGAUGGAGAAGCUCGCCUGUGAAGGAGACGACUUUGUUCCUCCCAAAAUCAUGCUGAUCUCUUCCAAAGUCCCAAAGGCGGAGUACGUUCCCACUAUAAUUCGCAGGGACGACCCCUCCAUCAUCCCCAUCCUCUACGACCACGAACACGCAACCUUUGAUGAUAUUUUGGAGGAAAUAGACAAGAAGCUCACAGCUUACAGGAGGGGAAGCAAGUUCUGGAGGAUGCUCAUCUUUUGUCAGGGAGGCCCCGGUCACUUGUAUUUACUGAAGAAUAAAGUGGCGACUUUUGCGAAGGUGGAAAAGGAGGAGGACAUGAGCCAGUUCUGGAGGAGGCUCAGUCGCUUCAUGAGUAAAGUCAACCCAGAGCCCAACAUCAUCCACAUAAUGGGAUGCUACGUGCUGGGCAACCCCAACGGGGAGAAGCUGUUCCAGAAACUGAAGAAUCUGAUGAGGCCUUAUUCUGUCGAGUUUGAGUCGCCGCUGGAGCUGUCUGCACAGGGCAAAGAGGUGAUUGAGAUGUACUUCGACUUCCGCCUCUACCGGCUCUGGAAGACACGCCAGCACUCCAAACUCUUGGAAUACGAGGAAUUUUUGUGACGAAAAAAACCCCCACACACAGAUAAUGGGUGCAGAGGAGUCCUACAAUGAAAAUAAAACCCAUCCAAUAACUGAACAUUGCUCGACUAUAGCGCUCGACCCUUCAACUCAAUAAAAACAGCCCCGCCUGAGUUCAUCCUGGAGAGGACUGGGAGGGGAGAAGGAAGGACGACAGGGAGGACAAGGUGGCUGAAGUCAACCUAAAUCAUGCUGUGCCUCCACUCCUCAUUUUCAGAGAAAGGAUCAAAAAAAGGGAAGAAAAAACACAUAUUAAAAGAAAAAAUGUGGGGAAAAAAAGCAGAGACAACUGGACCGUCCCUGUCUUCGUCACAGACUUCCUUUGCCUCUUGGAAAGAAAGCGAAAGGAAUACACAAAAUUAAAAUGUGUAAAAAACAAAUGUCAUUUCAGCCACAGCUCAGAUGCAAAGAAUCACGUUGAGGCCGAUGCGCUUCAGAAGGAUCUGAAACGCAUUCUGCCAUCAGGUGGUUCUGCGCUUUGACCGGACCUCUAACUAUACACUUACAUAGAUAAUCCAUAAGUCAAUGUGUGUAUAUAUCACAUCAAUAUAUUAGCAUAGCUUUAGUCAUGCAAAUAAUACACGAGAAUAAUAAUAAUGCAUAAUUUAUUUUUGAUGUGCAUUCUUGUGCAGUUUCAUAUAAAAAUACUUGGAAUAACUCAGGUUUUAGCCAUGAAUCAAUUAAUCUUUGUCUAUUCUAUCAAGAUAUUGUAAUCUUCAUUGCCAUUGCUUGGAAUGAAUGUAUUAUCUCUUCAUGUACCUUCAGUUUGAGAAAUCCAGCUUCAUGUUUUGAUAAAAAAAAAAAAAGAGGGGAAAAAAAAAGAAAAAUAAUUGAUUUUGUGUGUGAGUGUGUGCGUGUUUGGAUGUCUUUUCCAUGUCCACAGAAAAAGAAAAAAAAAAAGAAAUCAUAAAAAAGUGUUGUGUGUAUUUCCUCAUUCUGCACCAAUGUUCAAGCAAAAAUAAUGGUUAUCACCUUCUCCCCCCAUUUUCUCUCUGUCACAUACACGCCAAGGCUGUCUCGCGUGCUUAAUGAUGUCAAGAGGGAUGCAACAGCCAUCCGAGCGCUCCUGCCACUGCAGUGUAGGACUCCCACCCCACACCACCAUCCUUCCUGCUCUUUUGCAGAAGGUUCAGGCCACUUAGUCGGCCGCUGUCACCGUCUCCAGCUGCUCUCGCUAUCUGCCAAACACUCGUGGCGUCUAUGAAUGGCAGCCAAAGAGCUUCCGCCACCGCUCACUUCACUGGGCGGCCAUCCAGUCUAAAAAAGGACCGGAGCACUCCGAAUUGAGUAGAUCCGCCCGGGGUUUUAAGCUGUUAACAGCCGUCCGCUGCCCCGGCCAGGUGUGGGCUAGUUAAAAGAAGAAAAAAAAGUGACCUGAGCCGUCCCACGUAGAAUAAGGAGGGUCGCAGGUGGAGAGGAGCUUGGGCCCGGCCCAUUUACCGCGCACACAGUGAGGGGCUCAGGUUUAUUGAGGGUGUUGCAGCACGACGAUAGAAAGUAGAGGCCGGUUUAUGUGAGUCAGCGGAUAGUCAAUGGCAGUAUAUAACAGCAGCAAAAAAAAAAAAAGCGACCCUGUGAGUCACAGCAACUGCUGGCCACCCCAAACAUAACGCAGUGUGCUGCAGCAGAAUGCAUCGACAGUGGACCAACGCAGAGACACUCAAAGCACCAAAAGGUCUUAGCAUUAGAUGUUUGGGGGGCAAACGAGUAGAAAAUGAGCCACGACUGCUUUAAAUGUGUCGACGUGAGAAACGGGCCGUUGCCAGAUUUUAGUGCCGCAAUCCCACUUUUUUUUUUUUUUUUUUUUUGGGGCAUCUUAGCUGUCAUUUCUUCGAAUGUGGCACCAACGCGAGAUGCCGCGCCUCAGAGCUCGUCCAAUCGCUGCAGCGCUUUCCUGCGCGCGGCCCCUCGACGUCUGCGGAACACGCUGCCGCUCGAGUUUCAGACCAGUCGCCCAGUCGCGCUCGCCUCGUGUCUGCAGGCCGCUUAAAGAGCGCACGUAGAAAAAGAUGUAACACACGUACACGGGAAAAGACACCCUUCUCCUGUGUACGGGAAACGCGUUCCCAUUUGUCAUUAUUUGUGCAAGCGUGUUAAUAUUUGGAGCAUUACGUGGAGGCUUUUUGUGUUAAAGUCAACCAGUCUCACUGGAGUGCUCUUCAUCUCUCUGCUGGCGGACCUCGGGUUUCCAUUUGCGUUUGACCUCUUUCUGACAUUGCAGCGUUGGCCUUCGGUUUGUCUGGCGCAGAGAAGUGCUCUCUCAGCCUGAGUCACGCAGCACAUGUUUUCACUCCAGAUCUAAAACCCAGAACUCGGGAGAACCGAGUCAUAUCUUUGAGCCAUUUUAAUUCCAGCAGAAGCAUUAAGCUGCCGAAUCCUAAAAGAUGUUGCCCUCAACAGCUGCUUAAUGGAAUUUUUUUUUUUUUCUGAACUUUACACCUUGGUAUAUUUUCAGAUCAGAAACACUGGUGAAGUUUAGGUGAUGGGUUUAGUCGAUUCAGAAAGUGUUGUUCUCAUGCCAUAGAAAACGUCACACCAAAUGUCAUAUCCAGUCUAUAAAGGAAUUACUGGCAACUAAUCCUCUGUUUGAAUUUACUGGGCUGAAAUGACUGUGAUGUGAAGAGCACUCUGACUCAGGAGCUUGAGAGAGCUUCCUUGUUUUCUUCUUCAGCAAAAGAAAAAAAAAAAAAAGAAUUACUGGAAAUCUAAUUAAAGAUGCAAAUGUGUCUACUUGU